CUAAAUUAAUAUUUGAACAUGAACACUUGCGCAGCAUGCAUGCCGGACCUCAACUGUUACUGGCUACAGUUCGAGAAACAGUUUGGUCUACUAAUGGUAGACAUAUUGCGCGACGCACUGUCUAUAAUUGUGUACGAUGUCGACGAGUGCAAGGCAAAACAUUAUGUCCCAAAAUGGGAAACCUACCAUCGCAAAGAAUUACUGCUGAUUUUCCAUUUUUAUCAGUUGGACUAGACUUCGCCGGGCCAUUUUACACAAUAAACCGUAAAGGUCGCGGAGCUAAAAUAACAAAAACUUAUUUAUGCCUUUUUGUUUGCCUACGAUACAAAUGCAUUCAUCUUGAGGCUGUGAGUGAUUUAACUAAAGACGCGUUCGAAAUGACCCUACGGAGAUUCGUGGCGCGCCCUGGCCGACCAGCGGAAAUAUUUUGCGACAACGGUCGAAAUUUUGUUGCCGCUGCCAAGGAACUCGGUUCUUUCCUAAACAAUAAUGUCAAUCCUCUUUCUGAGUUUGCAUCUCACGAAGGUUUCAAAUUUAUUUUUACUCCUGCUUACGCUCCUCACUUUGGCGGCAUUUGGGAAGCUGGGGUGAAAUCCGCUAAAUUCCACAUAAAACGUGUUAUAGGAAACACUCACCUUACUUUCGAAGAAAUUUCUACUCUUUUCGCACAAGUGGAGGCAAUUCUAAAUAGCCGUCCCUUAUAUCCCCUAUCAUCCUGUCCUAACGACUUCCUUUUCCUCUCCCCAGGGCACUUCAUCAUAGGAAGAGCACUGAAUGCACUGCCUGCCAAAGAUCUGACAGAUUUCAAGGAAGGUGGACUAAAUAGAUACAAGCGUCUAGAGCAAAUACGCCAGCAUUUUUGGCUGCGCUGGCAGAAAGAAUAUAUCGCUGAACUUCAGCUACGAACAAAAUGGCGAACGAACAAAGGCCAACUCAAUGUAGGAGAUCUGGUCUUACUACAAGAAGACUUCGUUCCACCGCUAAGUUGGCGCCUCGGAAGAGUAGUACGGCUGUUCCCUGGUGCAGAUGGAGUGUCUCGUGUAGCGGACAUCAACACUACGCGCGGCUGCGUCCGGCGUCCACUGGUUCGCCUGUGUCCACUACCCACGACGGAAGACCAUAAGAAGAGUUGAAAGAUCCCUUUCAACGGGGGGGAGUAUGUUGGCGCACGGGCGCAACAUUGCUAUUCAGCGUAUUCAGGCGCUUAACGUUUUAAAAUUAUUAAUUGUUCUCCUACCUCAUAUAAUUAACAUUGUACUU